AUGUGCAUCGUACUUCUCACCACCGCACAUCCCGAUUAUGCUUUAAUCGCCAUCGAUAACAGGGACGAGUUUAUCCUCAGACCCACAUCGCGACCACACUGGUGGACUCACAGCACAUCCGGCAGACCAGUCUUGUCAUCCAGAGAUCUCCAACGAGCAGAGAAGGGGACGUGGAUGGGACUUAGCAAAGAUGGCCAUCUAGCCGUACUCACAAACUAUCGAGAAACCGACAUCAAGGAUCAAAAUCAUCCUAUUCAUGCCGCCAAAAGCCGCGGUGGUAUGGUCACCGCUUGGCUGGGAACACCACCUGAGGAGAGUCUCAAAGACAGCGUCCACAAACUGGUCGAGAACGACGGCGUUAAGGGUGUCGGAGGAUUCUCCAUGGUUUGCGGCAAGUUGAGAAAAAAUACUUCCGGUAUUGCCAUCGUUAGCAACAGAGCAGGCAACGUCAACGAUGUGCCCAUUAUUGCCAAAGACCGAGGCGAGAUGUGGGGUUUGAGUAACACGGCCUUUGAUGCAACAGUCAAGGAAGAUGAAUGGGCCAAGAUCUCCAUUGGAAAGAAACUCUUCCGCGAAGCCAUUGACAGUUCCGUAUCCGACAAGUCGAGUCAAGAGGAGUUGAUUUCCAACCUGUUGGACGUCCUUACCCACGACACACUACCGAGGAACGAAAACGCAAGCCUGGUCGAAUAUAUCAACGAGCUUAAGAAAAGCGUAUUUAUUCCAUUGAUCGGCGACGAAAAGCAUCGGAAAGCAAUGGAGGCGGCCAUGGCGAAAGGACCCGGCGAGUGGGCGACAGACGAUCAAAAAGCAGCUGAGGAGCUCAUGUCGGAAGGACGACCGGAUCCAAGCAUAACACCCAUCAUGGGCUUCGAGACGGGCAUGUAUGGUACGCAGCGUCAGACGGUAGUGUUGGUAGAUUGGGAGGGUAAAGUCACCAUGGUCGAGAGGGCGCUUUGGGAUGGUAAUGGCAAUGCUGUGCCUAAAGGAGAGGGAGACUUGAAGUUUGAAUUCUCCAUCAAUGGAUGGAAUGAUGAAUUUUGUAAUGGAGUAAAUGGGGAGAGUAAUGGACAUUUUUAA